AUGAAUGAAGCUUGUAACGACCCAGGUCAGGAUUCUGGCCUCUACGAACCUAUUGCCAUCAUUGGCAUGGGCAUGCGGCUUCCGGGUCACAUCCAGAACGCUGCCGACUACUGGGACCUUCUUGUCAACGGCAAGAGCGGUCGUUGUCCUGUGCCCAAAAGCCGCUACAGCAUCAAUAACUGGUAUGGGCCCGGCAGAGUGUCUCACGUCCCAACCGACUUUGGUUAUUUCCUCGAAGAGUUGAACCUGGCACACGUGGAUCCCAGCUUUUGGUCGUUCACGAAACAAGAGGCCGAGCUCAUGGAUCCACGACAACGCUUGUUUCUUGAGGUUGCUUAUGAAGCUUUGGAAAAUUCCGGCUCAACAUCAUGGAGAGGUAAUGAUGUCGGGGUGUAUGUCGGCACCAUGGGAGACGACUGGAACACGAUCGAAUCUCGUGACGAGCAAAACCUCAAUUCUGUCCGGCCAGACGUAUACGGAGAUUACAUUAUUGCCAACAGAGCUUCGUAUGAAUUUGACCUAACGGGUCCGAGCAUUGUUGUGCGGACUGCAUGUUCCGCCUCCUUAGUUGCACUGCAUCAAGCCUGUCAAGAUCUACAUAGCGGUGACUGCUCAUCUGCACUGGUUGGAGGGGUCAACCUCAUUCUCACGCCCAAGGACACUGCCAUCAUGCACCAGAACGGUGUCCUAUCACUUUCAGGAUCUUGCAAGAGCUUUGACGCCGAUGCUGACGGUUUCGCCAGAGGCGAGGGGGUGUCUGCCAUCUACAUUAAGAAACUGUCUGAUGCAUUGAGAGAUGGCGAUCCCAUCCGCUCUGUUAUUCGCUCCACAUGCAUUGCUGGAAACGGAAGAACCCCUGGACUGACGACACCAAACCCCAAGAUUCAUGAACGACUGAUGAGGAGGGGGCACAAACUAGCUGGUAUCACAGAUUUAUCGAAAACUGCAAUGGUAGAGUGCCACGGCACUGGUACCUCUGUAGGAGAUCCUUUGGAAGUAGGCGCCGUUGCCAAUAUCUGGGGCGAGCAUGGCAUUUACAUCGGAUCGGUGAAACCAAACAUCGGACACGGCGAAGGGGCUUCAGGCCUAUCAAGCGUGAUCAAGAUGGUGCUAGCGUUGGAAAACUCGACUAUCCCGCCAAACAUCAACUUCAAAACACCCAACCCGCGAAUUCCGUGGGAAGCCGCCAAGCUCAAGGUUCCAACAGAGCCUCUGCCUUGGCCUACCGACAGAUUUGAAAGAGUUUCGGUUAACAGCUUUGGAAUUGGCGGCUCUAAUGCUCACGUGAGUAUUUACACUGGCUGUUGCCUUGCAAAACUGAUGUCCUGUCAGGUCUUGCUUGAAUCCGCUGCAUGCUUUGGCCUGCCUUCAACUAAAAUUUCUAACAAAUCGAACCCCGAGGCUCUCGACUUCCGCCUGCUCACGUUCACUGCCAAAAACCCUGUAUCCGUCCAAACCCUGACAAGGAAGACUGGGGAUUACUUGAAUCGUUCUCCACAGAGUCUUAGUAAUGUCGCAUACUCACUGACCGCACGCCGGGAGGUUAACACACAUCGCGCAUUUUGUGUGACGGACGGCCACGGCGCACUGCAGGUUUCUCCUAUCACCAAGCCGAGGUGCUCGACAGCUGACCUGGUUUGGGUGUUUACUGGCCAAGGAGCGCAGUGGGCACAGAUGGGCAAGGAACUCGUGGAAAAAGAACCCCUAGUUGAAGAACGUAUUAACGCUCUUGACAGAGUCCUUGCUGGACUCUCUGAACCUCCGCCUUGGACGUUAAGAGGACUGCUUUUGUCCCCCAAGAACGAGAGUCGCCUUUCUGAAGCAGAGUUCUCGCAGCCAUGUCUCGUCGCGAUACAAGUCGCUCUUGUCGACUUACUUCGCUCAUGGGGUGUGGUACCAAGUGCGGUAGUUGGUCACUCUUCGGGAGAGACCGCUGCCGCUUACGCAAGUGGCGCCAUCACAGCUGAAGAGGCAAUUCUCAUCGCAUAUCACCGAGGGCAGAUCACUCGCCUCAUCAAAGCGGCACAUAACGGCAGUAUGGCUGCCGUUGGCCUUGGCCGAAAACAAGUUGAGCGGUUUUUACUCCCAGGAGUCAUUAUAGGAUGUGAAAACUCACCUUCCAACGUGACACUGUCAGGUGAGAGCGACGUUCUGCAAAAGAUUCUGCACGAGAUUCGGUUGAAGAAUCCUGAGGUACUUACUCGGAACCUUCACGUCGAGUGUGGCUAUCACUCUCGUAAGCUCAACCUUUGCUGCCCUCAGCCGGACUCUUAA